AUGUUGGAGGCAGAACGGAUACGGAAGGAAUCGUUAACACGACUGAUCAACCUGACAGUAAGGACCACAUUUAACGGCAGUAUCUACGAGCAAAUAUUUGGACUACCGAUGGAACCUCCACUAUUUCUUUUGGAAAAUUUGUACAUGGACAAGUCGCAAACGGAAUUCGAGAAGUCACUACUGCAACCAAGAGUUCUUAUACGAUAUUUGGAUGACUACUUUGCACUUUGGUCACAUGGUAAGGAAGAUUUGGAUGAAUUCCUCAAUUUCAUUAACCAACUUGAUGAAAGGAUAAAAUUCACAAUGGAGGUGGAGGAGGACGAACGACCACACUUUUUGGAUAUUGAAGUCAUGCGCUCCAAAGGGUCACUCCUGAGGAGACUAUACAGAAGAAUCCAUAUGCAGGAAUAA